AAGAGUAGGCUAUUUGAAAGUAGGCUAUGGUAUGCCUUUAGGGUCUUCUUUGCCUUAUCAGUGCAAUACCUCGUUCGUACACCAUACGAACUCAGCCCCUUCGGUUUGAUCAUCAGUCACGCACAGGAGUGUACAGGGUGGAGCCUUUCCGACAUUGUUGAGUCGCUGUCCAAACUACAGCGAAAAGACAAAACCGACUGAAACUGUUUUGAUCGGAAACGUGUGAUAAAAACAAAGGUGAUCACCGUCUUCAUUUUCAACGCUGCCCUUUAUUGCACUCCAUUGAAGGCGAAACUUUGAGAACACCGUUUCUGCGGCAGCCUUCAGCAUGGGGGCUUAUGAUGAGAAGAAAGAAACAUGUGGGACAAUCUGUCUAAAAUACCUGCUCUUCACCUUCAAUUUCCUUUUUUGGCUGGCCGGAGGUGCUGUAAUGGCAGUAGGGAUAUGGACAGUAGCGGAGAAGAGUGAAUACAUCAGCCUGCUCUCCUCCAGGAUCUAUGCCGUCUCUGCCUACAUUCUCAUCGUAGCCGGAGUCAUUGUCAUGAUCACAGGCGUGCUGGGGUGCUGUGCGACCUUCAAGGAACAGAAAGGGCUUCUGAGGAUGUAUUUUGUUUUGCUGAUGUUCAUUUUCCUGCUGGAAGUUCUUGCUGGAGUGUUGGCCUACAUCUACUACCAACAGUUGAAUGCAGAGCUAAAGGAUAACUUGAGAGAGACCAUGGUCCAGAAAUACCAACAACCAAACCAGGACCACAUCACUAAGGCUGUGGACAAACUCCAGCAGGAGUUCAAAUGCUGUGGCAGCAACAGUUCCACUGACUGGAGUGACAGCGUGUGGAUCCGCUCCAGUGAGGCCGGGGGACGGUUGGUGCCGGACAGCUGCUGCAAAACCCCCACUGAAGACUGUGGUCAUAGAGACCACCCCUCAAAUAUCUAUAAGGUGGAGGGUGGCUGUAUAACCAAGCUGGAGAACUUUAUUCUGGAUCACCUAAAGAUCAUAGGUGCUGUCGGAAUUGGCAUUGCAUGUGUACAAAUCAUCGGUAUGAUAUUUACAUGCUGUCUGUACCGAAGUCUGAAGGCAGAGCCAUACUGAGGUCGAAGUAUGCAGUUGAAUAUUUUACUGAGCAGGAUUUUAAAUUAAAAAAAAUAUCUUAGCAUUUUAUUGACUACUAUGCCUUAGAGUUGGAGGUGAGGAAGAAGAAUAUUAACAUGAUGUUGUUAUGAUUGCCAUUGUCAUGGUGAUGCAUGUCCUGUUCGACCUCAUAAUGAUCUACCGUACUAAAUAUUAUGAGCUAAACGCACUGCAGUUUACCAUUUCAUGUCAUCCUAGAUAUAAAUGCAAACUGAAGAUACUACUUAGAAGUACUCUAACUCGUUAAUGUACUGUUUAUGUUGUGAUGGGGUACAGGUACUCGUUAGUUAAAUUUUUUCAAAUCACAAAGAAUUUGCUGCUCAAAAACAGCAUGCCUUCACUGUCUGGUUUAGAAAAUGGACCUAAACUGAACUGCCUUAAAUCACGAGCUCCCUUAUAUCCUGACACUAUCCACACUAUGCAAGCUUUUCGAUACUGAAUUUAAUCCUAUUAUUAUUGGUGUUAUUGGACUAACUUUCUGUUUUCUUCAGUCAAAAUGGAGCUUUUGUAUAUUCAGAAUUGAAUUGAAGUGCCAACUCUAUUGUAUUCUCAAAUUUGUUUUAAUGUCUUCAAGGGAUACCAUCAAACCAAAGUUUUGAAAAUGAUUAAGCCUUUAUCUGCCAUUCUGGUCAAUGUCAGCCAUUUUAUCUGUCCUCACUGUAUAUUUUGAUUGUGUGUAUCAUUUUAUGUCAGUAGAUUUUUUUUAAUCAGAAAUGAAGUUUGGUGUUGAUUAUUAUCUCAGAGUGCUGAUGUAUUUAUCAAAUUAUAUGACCUAACAUUAAACUUUCAUAUAAGGCUCA